AUGUCCAGCGGACAGGGAUCACUUGCUAUGGCCCAGUCAUACGCCCCAACCGGACGCACAUCACCCGCACGGGACAGUCAAUGGCCGCACCGGCGGCUACAGAGUCUCUUUGAGAUGGCACCCAACAACUACCGGACCAGUCGGACGGGCGAUACCGCGUCCGGUGAGCUGAACGUGAGCAGCGAUGAGUGGCCGGGCGGACUCGCAGGCCGUCUCUUAUCGUACGUGACUGUCCGCAGGCCAGUCGCCCGACUCCAGGCUAAGACCAAACGGGAUUUGGGAAAACUAAGACUCAAGGGCUUUGACGUGGCCUACAUUGCCGCCCAGUCACUUGGCCGGGGUGCGUUUGGCGAAGUGUUCAGGGGUGUUUAUACCAAACAGAUCGAGGUUACGAAGCGCACCAAUCAGGGCCACUACUUGCGCGAUGUCAAGCCGGACGACGAGUUCGCGGCCAAGUAUGUCCAGUUCCCGCCCACUAGAUUGGCCCCGGAUCAUCUCAACCAUUUCAUCGAGAAAUGUAUACUGAAAUCACUACAACACGAAAACAUUGUCACCUACAGAGUGGCCAUCAAUUUGGGCCGAAAAGUGAUACUUCGCAGCGUAUCGGGCAACCCGUCGCAGGACAUUGUCUCCUAUAAGCGAGCGUUUUUGGUCAUGGAUUGCGCCAACCAUGGUACUCUCAAACAGUUUGGUGAUGCUGGCGGUAUCAUCGAUCAGUUGACGGUGAAAUUUACCCGGGAGUUGUGCACAGCCAUGGCUUAUAUGCACGGCAAGGGGGUCAGUCACGGGGACGUUCAUAUUAGAAACAUACUGGUGUUCACCGCACCCGGCGGUGGGUAUACAGCGAAAUGGACCGACUUUGGUCUGGCGGUGUCCCGAGACGUGUUUGCCCGGUGGGGACACGAGCUGACGCCUAGAGUGAUGUACAAAUAUGCCCGGGCGGAUGCCACCUAUUUGCAAAAACUGACCAAAUACAUGUUGGACACGUGCGCGAACACACCAGGUAAUGUUGGCGUCGACUUGAGUGAGGUCAGAGCACUGGAUAAUGAAUUGGAGCAUUCAAAGGAGUUGUUGACUCAAAUUAUGCCCAAAUACAAUAUGUUUCAGUAG